CGAGCGGACAUGACGUAACCUGCGAUGGGGGCGGGAACAUGACGUCAUCUCCGCACGCGGUUGCGACGAGCGAGACCCCGUGCAGGUUUCUGAGGUCAUUGCCGGACCACAGCCACAUGGCAUACGUGGGGAUCAUCCGUUCCCUCCGGAGCCUCGUGCCCUCACUCGGCAUGACCGCCGCGCUCCGCUCGCCAGCGCCGUGGGUUCCUUGGGCUCGAUUUCCCCCGCCGCUGCUGACGCCCCUGGCAUCCUCCCCGCCCGCGUUCAUGCAGCCGGUCGCCGGCUUCAAGAUGCGCUGCGUGCUCCGCCUGCGCUGCAAAGACUGCUACUUUGUGCGGCGGCGCGGGCACAUGUGCGUCAUCUGCAAGACGCACCCGCGUCACAAGCAGCGCAAGUGGUGACGGAGCCGCUGCCGGAGUCUUUAACACCGCCCACGCGCCGCGCCCGUGAUUCGCGAUCGCUGUGCGCGAGCGUGCUUGUAAAUAAUCGCGAGGCCGUGCAACGAUGCUUUAACGCUUCUAUUAAAAUGUUUUACAUUCGCGUGUACGA